AUGGGUCAGAAGCACCCCAGUUUUUCAUGGAGUUCACCUGGGGGUACCGCAAAUGCAUGGCAACAAAACAACCCAAGAUUUCAGGGACAAGGAGCUCCGGGUUUUGUGAAUCAUCCAAGGCCGCAGUUUCAGCCUCAACAACCCAAUCAGCCCGGUCUAGAAGAUCUAAUGAAGUCCUUCAUUGUCAAGACAGAUGAGAGGCUAGACACUUAUGGAGUAGCCAUCAAAGAACUUGGCAUAGGUUUUCGAAACUUAGAGAGACAAGUGGGGCAAACAACAACAAUAUUAUCUGAGGGAGUCCCAGGUACUCUGCCAGCUGAUACUGAGAGAAAUCCCAAAGAAAUAGUGAAUGUUGUGAGCUUGAGAAGCGGGAAAGUGUUGAAAGAUCCCACCCCGAUCCAAAAAGAUGUGAUACCUGAAAAGGAAAGUGGGGAGAAUCUGAAGAAUGAUAUUGAGAAGAAGAAGAAAGGCAAGAAAGGAGUUGACAUGAAGAAUGAGGAAACAUCGAGAAGGGAGGAAUCUAAUGAGAGCGAGCAUGUGCCUGCUCUACCUUUUCCCCAAAAGCUAUAUAGAGAAAAGCUGGACGAGCAGUUUGAGAGACUUCUGGAUAUGCUGAAACAGGUUAAUGUAAACAUACCAUUCACAGAGGUGCUCUCACAAAUGCCAGAUUAUGCCAAAUUCUUGAAGGAAAUCCUUACAAAGAAGAGGAAGAUAGAAGAGACCUCAGUGGUCAAGCUCACAGAGCAUUGCAGCGCAAUCUUGCAAAAUAAACUCCAACAAAAGUGUGGAGAUCCAGGGAGUUUUACUAUACCUCGCUCUUUAGGCACUAUUAAUUUUGGUAAGUCUUUAUGUGAUUCUGGUGCCUCAAUCAAUUUAAUGCCUUUGUCUAUUUACAGGAAACUGGAGAAGGAGAUCGGAGAGAUAAGGUCAGCACCAAUAUCUUUGCAGCUGGCAGACCAAAUGACUUUGAUACCCGAAGGGGAUAUUGGAAGAUGUCUUAGUGCGGGUGGAUAA